AUGCGCCGCGCCGCUCCCGCAGCAUCCAAGGCCCAGGCGAAGGAUCGGCGCGUGGAUGACAGCUGCUCGGACUCGGACAUCCAGGGCCAGCCCGGGGGCGGGCCCAACGCUGGCGCGCGUGACGCCGAGCCGUGGGCCGUCGCGCCCGUGCCAGUCCAGGUGGGUGACGCCGUUGACAUGCACAGCCACCUGUACAAACCCUGCGAGUCCAUCGAGAUGAGAUUCCUUGGGCUGAACAGGGUCGCGCUCCAGGAUGCCGUGUUCAACGUCUACACCGCCCCCGGCAAGCGCGGGAUCACUGUGCCUUGGUACGAUUCCAAUGGGGACAAGACCAUGGUCCCGCACAUCCAGAACGAGCGCAAACAAGAUCAGGUCGUGCAGGAGUGCGCCGAGAAGGUCGCCGAGUUCGGGAACGUCCCAGGCGUGCGCGGGCAACCGUGGUGCACUCUCCACACGUCUGGCGGGUUCCCGCUGCAGAUGCUCACGUACGGCACGCUCACGCAGGCCUUCUACCUCGCCGCCGACAUGGAGCGCAAGGCCAACGUGUUCGAGGAUGAGCCAGGCCCGGACAAUGACUACAUCGUAAAUCCCUGCAUCAAGUUGAGCUUGCAGAAGGGGCUGCCGAAUGUCACUUGCUUCAACGCGGAAACUCCGCGCGACGUUGUUGACUGGCUAGUGAACUGGCAUAACCAUUGGCACUCAGGAUCAAGUUUCACGGUGAUCCAGCUGUUCGACUGGUGCAAAAAACUCAACACUGACUUCAAGGCGACCAAGUUGACCGACACGCCGUACGCUUCUUCGUGGGAGUAUGCCUCCGCCAAGUACGCCACUACUGCGACUCGCAGGUUCAGCAGCGAGAACGAGAUCAAGGCACUCUUGGGCACACUGAAGCGCCACCAGCUGCUCACUUGGACCGUGGAGUUUCUGGGUAAGUACUGCAAGUUCACGGAAGAGCGCUUCUCCAACGCCGCAGUGGUGUUCAAUCUUCACGCCGUGUCGGUCGCAUUGUUCAGUUCCGAGGUCCGCAGCGGGUUGUCCAUGGAGCUCGUUGCAGAGAUCUGGAAGGUGGCGGUGGAAUUCAUAGUUCCGACAGCAGGGCUGCCCGGGCGGUCCAAGCCGUGGCUCUUCGAUGAAUCGCAGAUCGACAUGAGAGCCAAGCAGCUCGCAGAGAUGACCCAGCUUGCCGCUGAAACUGCCAAGGCCGACGCCCAGAAGGCAGCCGUGAAUGCCGCCGAACUCGAGGCGCAGGGCGAGAAUCCACCGCCUGCCAAGAAGCCCAAGGUCGCCCCUGCUGGCAGGCCGCCAGUGGAGUCGCUCACAGACCUUGAGAUGCAGAAGAUCUGGGUGGUCGACGCCGCCCUGUGCCUCAUCUCGGCCAUGUCUGACGCCGAUCUCGACGACGAUGGGCAGUGGGCGAUUUUCCGUUCGCUGAUGUCCAUGGGGCUGGAGUUCUGUUGGGCCAAGGUCGUCCAGCUUGGUCAAGUUAAGUACACGAAGUGGUCCGAGCUCAGAUGUAAGCUGCGCGACGUCGCUGCUUCCUCUGCGUACAAUCUCCAGCUUGGCAACUCGUCUACGACGACGGCGUCCGACGUGCUCGAGUGGGAUGCCGAAACGGACGGGCAGGGCGCGCCCGAGCCUCAGCCAUCGGCCACAUGUGACGAGCCCACCGCCCCCACGCGCCUGGAGUCCGCGAUCGCUGCAGCAGGCGCUGAGCUCGAUCGUUUCUUGAUGGCGAACAAGCUGACCGCGCCGGCCAAGCUGCGCCCAGCGCACAGGUCCAUCAACAAGCGGAUGUUCGAUCUUCUCGGCGAGUCCCAGGGGCAGCUUCUCGCCGACAAGUCACGGUCGGAUGAUGCUGGUCCGUUCGUUGCGCACCUUCUCGGCCUGAUGACAGAUAUCUUGACGGCCGAGAUCUCGGAGGCCAUGCUUGGUAUCGGGCAGCUUGCCGUCAGGUACGUGCGCCAGACGUCUCAACUGCCCGGCGUGGUCAUGAAGUACUUCAAGGACACGCCCGCGCUGAUCACGUUCGCGCGUCUCAGGGCAACGUACGCCAAGCUUCUCUUGACUGACGUCAUGGACGUGCAGGAGAUGUUCCACGAUGCCACAGGCAUGGGAGGUGCGGUCCAGGGGGCUGCUCCCGCUAUCAAGCUGGAGGUCUUGAAGGGCUGCCUUGAUAACUUGGACGGCCUGCGCGACGUGGACCCCAUCUUGCCCUACAGCGACUGGGCGUCGGUGCAUACAGAGUACCUGGUCGCUCUCUACAUCGGCGCCGACCCCGACUCUACCUUGCGCGGGCUCGUGGAGUCGCGCAGGGUGCCCGGUACUCCCACGUCAUCUGCGCCGUCUCCGUCGGGCGAGUCGUCGCAGGCGCCGACGUUUCAGGCGCAGACGCAGCAGCAGCCGCAGUCCUUCCAUGUCGUGCAGCAGCAGAUGACCACCGAGCAGCCGCCGCACCCGCUGGCGAUGCUGCAGGGCGUGUACGCGUGCCGCCGGCGGUGCAUGGGCGAGCGGGCAAUGUCGCUCGCCGCCGGCAGCCCCAUCAACCUGGACACGGUGCGGCGGGGCGGAGCGGGCGCCACGAUCACCUUCGACAUGAGUCGCUUCCCGCCGGCGUGGUGGAUCAAGCAGUUCCUGAUGCUCGUGGAGGCGGAGCUCUACAGUAGGUCGUUCAGUGCCAGGGCGGUGGCGCCAUCCGGCAGCACGCGCAUGGGAUGGGCGGCGCCGGCGCCGGCGGCUAAGGCGAAGGCGAAGGCGAAGCCGAACUUGGCCAAGGAGCACGAGAAGCCAUCGAUGACCGUCGCCUUGGACUCGGACUUCUCGAUGUGCUUCUGCGGCCCCGUGACCUUGACAAGGCCGCCCGCAGGCCGCUCCUUCCCAGUGGCCGCCAUCAAGGUCACUGCGCCUGAUAGCCGGGACGACACCACCAUCGGAGUGUACUGCGUCGCCGACACGGUGGGCACCGUGAACAAUGAGUGCCCGUGCCCGGCGUGGCUUCUGCGCGUGGUGGACGACGACGACCAGGCGACCCUCGAGAUGAAGGCCCAGGUGGUGACCAUCGACCUGCCGCCCCACUUGGUGUUUGAGGGCAUGCUCGUGCCGGUGCGCGCAUUCGUCGGCAGGGAGGUCCAGCUCACGCGCCACGAGAUCCCGACGGACCUCCCGCCCAAGCGCAAGGCGGCGCGCCACGCCAACGCGGCGCCGGCUGACGCCUCGGCGCUGUUCGGCCCGACGGCCGCGGCAGCCUACAUGGCUGCGCACCCGGCGCGCCCGGGCUCGGCCACGACGCAGCAGCAGCCGGCGGCUGGGUCGCGGAGCACGAAGAACAAGGACUGCAAGCACUUGUUCGAGUGA